GAACCAAGAUCACCCUGAUCUCAAUGGUACAAGUUGCUGCACAACCGAAGUUGUUACUGGUGCAAGACUGUAAUCUACUCACAUUUGCUGUAUCUCCCAGUGGCCUGUGUUCCUCAAACCUAGAAUGCGCAUUGUACUAGUCCCUUUUGACAUACUGCGGGUACAAUGAUAUCCCUUGCUUACCACCAUUCCCAGCUCCCCUCCUCACUUGAAUUCUCUCCUGCUCUGUCUCAUUGUUUCUGGGUAGGGGUUCAUGUAGGCUAACCUAAGACAUUACAAAAAUAAACAUUGGUUGUAAGAAUUAUCUUAAGUGUAUCUUUUAUCUUACUGUAUCAUGGUAAUAGAUGUCAGCUGGUGACCAGGUCAAAGAGAAUGUUGUGAUCACAGUGAAACAUUGCUGAUGACCCUUCCUGGCAGAUUGUGGAUUUCAUCUAGUGGUUUUAAUGAAACCUUUGUCCUUGAGGCCCAUAUUAAACUCUUUGUUAUCCUUGUCAACCCUUACUAAUGUCUAUCGAUGCACUAUAGAAAGCCAUCCUAUCUGGAUGUAUCAGGAUUUGAUAUGGCACCUGCCAGAGUCUUUGGAACUACAUCACCUGGAUAGUGAUGUGCAAGUGCGCGCGUGUCAUAACCUGGCAAAAGGAUUAUCGUGGGGUCCAUAUGAGGGGUCGAUGAACAGCAGUAACAAAAAUACUCCAGAAAGUGACAAGACGCCUGUUACUACACCUCUGCAUUUAAAAGAGGAACGUUGCUGGCUAAGGCAACUGAAAAUAACAGGGCAUGAAGAAACAGCCAAUUGUACCGUCUAUUGCAAAGAUGAUCAGAUCUGGUGCAAAACCACAAAGCCCAUCGUAGAAGGGGAAUGUUUAAAAGCAACUGUUGAUCCUUCGGAACAGAGUACCCAAACUCCUGUGUUGAAUCUCAGUGUUAAGGUGGAGCCAGCGGAGUCGGCAGAGGGCUCAGAGCAGGCAGCCACAUAUCCAGCUUCAAUGCAUUCAGACAUCCAGCUGCUUCCCCAGCAGGCAGGAAUGGCUGCAAUAUUAGCCACUGCAGUCGUCAACAAGGACAUCUUCCCUUGCAAAUCUUGUGGGAUUUGGUAUCGGAGUGAAAGGAACCUUCAGGCUCACUUGAUGUACUACUGUGCCAGUCGACAGAAGUCUCCAUCCACACCCAAGGAAGACAAACUGAAGGAACCAUCCCCACACGAGCGCAUAUGUCCCUUCCCACAAUGUAACAAAAGCUGUCCCAGUGCUAGUUCACUGGAGAUUCAUGUGCGUAGUCACAGUGGUGAAAGGCCGUUUGUAUGUCUAAUCUGUUUGUCUGCAUUUACAACAAAGGCAAACUGUGAGCGACACUUGAAAGUGCACACGGACACCCUGAAUGGUGUUUGUCAUGGCUGUGGAUUUGUCUCUACCACAAGAGACAUCCUGUAUAGUCAUCUAGUUACCAAUCAUAUGGUAUGUCAGCCCGGUUCAAAGAGUGAAGCACACUCUCCAGGGCCAGGAGUACCUGCACUACCUUUAACAGUUGGGAAUGUCCCAAGCCCUUUCCUGAAUUUUAAAUGUAACCAGUGUGAGUACACUGGGGAUUCCGAAUCAAGCUUACAGCAACACAGCUCAUUGCAUGCAGCUCAGGAUACAUUUCAAUGUAAUCAAAGUCAUGAAAAGCUAAAAAAUUCAGCUGACCUAGUCAAACACAUGGAUAUUCACCAAGGCAAUGAGCUACAGCACAAUAUGGAGGAAACUAGGGGCGAGGAAGAUGGAGGUUCUCCUUCUGUGAAUAAAGACGUUCCUGAGGAACUCAAUGUAAUGGUGAAAAUCAAAGAAGAACCCCUCAAUCUGAAAGCUGAUGUUGAAGUUGAUAGAACUAUGGAAGGUCAGGCAGAUCGCACCCCUGAUCAUUCCUCCAGUGUUUUGUCCCCAAGGAGCACCCUAUUAGUAAAAGUGAAGUCAGAGCAUUCAAGCCCAACACCAGCCUCUAGCCCGGUCCAUUCUGGGACUGGCUCAAUUAUGUCUGAAGGGACGGUUCUGCUUCCAUACAUGUUCAGUCAUGAUACCUCCUCAUUUCCACAAGCUUCAGAAAUUUUAGCUAAAAUGUCUGAGCUGGUCCAUAGCAGACUGAAACAAGGGGUUAACAACUAUCCAAUCCUUUAUGCAGGAGCGCCCAUUCAAAAAGGAGCCACAUGCUAUGAAUGUGACAUUACAUUCAAUAAUAUUAACAACUACUUGGCACACAAACGAUUGUAUUGUUCUAGUAGGCAUCAACAGGUAGAUAACCCAGCUGCUGAUGAGACCGGGAAGGAUUCUGCAUCAAUAAACAAAACUGAACAGACAUCUCAUUGUCCAACUUUAGUCAUGGAAAAUCAGCAUGCUGCUUCCUCCUCACAGACAGACUCUGAAAGAGACGUACGGAUUCCACUUGUGGAGAAUAAAGUACCAGAAAUCAAAUCGGAGGACAUUGGAAUGAAGGAUACUUCCUCUGAAGGAGAAAGUGUGAGUAGAAUUAGUGAAGGUAGCCGAAGUCCUAGCAACUCUGUUGAAGACUUUGAUCUGGACCCUUCAAAAACUGUUUGUGAAGCUUGUAAUAUAAGGUUUACACGUCAUGAAACCUAUGUUGUGCACAAACGUUUGUAUUGCGCUUCAAGACAUGACCCUCCGUUGCGGAGGCCAAAUGGUGGGAAAGUGGCAGUCCUUCAGCAAACUGUACGUACACGCAGACGUAGAAAGCUGUAUGAGAUUCAUGGCUCAGGCCACCAGCCGCUUCCACCUCCCUCUCCAAGUGAAGUGCCUAUUCAUAGUCCCUCAGCUGGCAUUCUUCAAAAUGCUGGGGCUUCUAACAAUGUAGAAGCUUUGAAAAUAAAACAGGAAACACUCUCGAUUUCUUCAAGGUCAAAUGAAUCCCUUUCCCUGUCAACAAGUUAUAUGUUAACUACUCAGUCCAGUGCAACUUCAUCACCAGGUUCAAGUUCUGAUGUUGAUGGACCAAUUGAUCUUAGCAAAAAGCCUCGUAUUAAGGAAGAACCAGUAAUUCCCACUACCCCUUUGCUUCCAGCUUUGCGUUUUUCAACAGACUAUCAUGAAUGUACGUCCUGUAAAAUUAGUUUUAACAGUGUGGAAAAUUAUCUUACUCACAAGAAGUAUUACUGUUCUGCUACUGCCCUUCAGCAUAAUAAGGCGGAUCUUCUUGCCAGGGUGAAAAUGCAGAGUCCUGCAUCAGUGAAAGCUAAGAAAAAUAGGAUGGAAAUUGCAGAUCCUCAUGUACAAGCAGAGGAAUUGAAGAAAAAAGAAACAAGCACUAAAUGUAUUCCAGAAAGUCCAAACUUAGUUAAUGCCUCCAUUACUCCAAGCAACUCACCAGGAAUGUACCAUUGCAGUCCAGAUACUCUGCAAGCUGGGCCUCAGUUAUCGUCUCAUUUUAAGACCUUCUCAACACCUAAGCGUACUCAUUCAGUCAUCUGUCCUUAUUGCCCACUCAAUGGACCAAUUGAAGGAGACCUUAUUGAGCAUUUUAAAAAUGCACAUGAUUUGCUGUUGACCAAGCAACUUUCACCUGGGUAUACAGUAGAAGGUGCAAUGGAGGACAUAGUAUCACAAGGUAAACUCAUGACAAACAGUAUUUCUGAAAGCAGUCCUCAAAACUCAAGAGUUCCUGCUCUAUCUCCAAAGUUGAGUGCUCAAAUACAGAAGAAUAUCCCAAAUGCCAAAGAUCAAAGAGAAUCUGUCUCGUCCCAAUCUUCAGUUGAAUCUCCUCUGCAGAAUAUCUCACCUAAACCUUCCGUAAUGCCAUCCCCUAAUGUUGCUCUUAAAAUCUCACCAGUGCCUGAUAGCCCCAGGGAUCUAGGCUUCAAAUCCCUCAGUCCACACAAUAACGUUGACAAAUCUGUUCAAACAGCUAUGUCAGUCCCAAGCCCUGUGCAGAAUGGAAACAGCAGAUACUGUCGCUUGUGUAACAUCAAGUUCAGUAGUCUUUCAACUUUUAUAGCCCACAAGAAGUAUUACUGUUCUUCUCAUACUGCAGAACAUGUUAAAUGAGUUUUUACAGCUAUGAACUAUAUCCUAAAUGUUUGCUGUGGUGUUUGACACAAAUUAUCUCACACCUCAAUACCUUCGUGCAGUUUAGAAACAAUCAUGAAAACACAUUGGUUUCUCACGUUCAAAGGUUAACCAAACUCCAAUUUUAAUAACGGUGGAAUUGACCCAGGGUGGAAGGAUUUUUUUUGCUUCAAAGCUGUCUUUAAAUUGGAUUAAUUUGAAACUUCAUGCUUAAAUGAUAAAUUUCAUUCACCAAAACAAAAUAGUUUUUCCGUUUAUGUGCUUGGUUUAACACGUCUCUCAUGUUAAAAAGUGUGUUUACUAGUGGCAUAACUUAAUUUUAUUAGUAAACUUUUGGAAACCAAUUUUGCUAUAUCAGUUCUCUUUUUCAAAAUACCCAUUUGCGGCCUUUGGGCAAGUCAAUAAAAUAAAACAAAUAUCAGAAAUUCAUCACUUCUGACAACCUGGCAUCCACUUUUUGUCUUCCAUUUAGGAGAAUGGCCUGCAGAUCUUGAAACUAGGAAGAAAAUCCUAAGAUUAGUUAGUUGAGAUAUCCCGCUAAUUUUUUUUCAUUGAAAACAUUUAUAUUAAAUCCUCAGUACAUGUGGUUAAACCUCUUUCUACUAGAGGAUUUAUUAACAGAGUGUCUCUAUUUCCUAUUUUUAUUUCAGCCUUGAUGAAGUCCUAAUAAUCAUUAAAAACAGCUAACUGACCAUAAAUUUCAAACUACUUUAGUUAUCAAAUGUAGUUUAAUUUUCAGAUGGGCAUGGUUGUCACAGAAUGGGCAGAACUUACAAAUUCAGUAUUUAUAUGUCAAAAUAUUGGCAGUGAUGCCAAAAAAGUAUGCUCACAUUUUCAUGCAAUACUUAUCACAUGAAACUGAUGGCUGAAUACUACUGAGAUAUUAACAAGUAAUUAGGGGGGUAGAAUAAUUUAAAGCUAGUUCGUGUAGACUUAAUAAUCUUGUUAAUUGUUUAGUGCAUGCUAAUCCUUUUGACUUCUGUUCCAGUGCAUUUAGUUCAAACAUAGAAAUGUCUUUAAUUUUUAUUUAUUAGUGUUGUAUUUAUUAUGAGGGUUUAUGUGCAAACCCAGCACUAAUUUUUUUUUUAAAGUGCUGACAGAAAUGCAUCUUCUUUUAAUUUUGAGAUUAUUUUACUAAAAACAGGGCUCUGAUCAAUCGGUAAUUUGAAUUGUUUGAUUGUACAAGAUUUCAAAGUUCAAUGCAUCCCCCUGCGGUUAAUUCCCUUUCCCCUUUUUGCAUUUUAUUUGUAGAUGUAGCUUAUUGCUAUAAUGCACAUUAAAUGUGCUUAAUGGAUCAAAUGGUAUCUUGGUGUUUAAAUGUGAAUGAUUCCUAAUCUUUAUCAAUGUGGUGUUUGUCAGGAAUAACAUUCACCAUUACUAUAUUUAAUAAUACUCAUCUAAAAGGUGUAAUGUUAGAAGAGAGGAGCAAGUCACAAUGUUCAAGGGCAUUCAUGUUAGUUAAAAAUGAUUUAACAUUUUUAAAUUUGGGAGGGAGAAAAGCAAUGUGGAAGGAGGGAGAGAAUGUUAUCAAUCUGCCUCUGCCAUUUCUAUUUGAAUAAGUAUCAUAGAAGAUGGAGCACGAUUAAACUAUCCAAUCUAAACAGAUUGCCAGCAAUAGCUUUUAACCUUAAUUUCUAUUUUUAAUUGCUUCCCCUUUUCUUCAACCAAUUUCUGCCCAUGAAUGUUGUGGCUUGUUUGGACCUUAAGAACCACAUUUAUUCCUGUUCUGAAUGAAAGUAAUAGGCAAUACUGGUACUUGAACCAAAGGGUGCAGUGUUGUCAUGCAAAUAUCUGAUCCACACACUGGCAGAUAUACGUUCUCUCUUGAGGGUCAAAACAUGUUACUGACCAAAUAUUACAUUUGUAGACUGUUACCUGCAAUGCCUUGCUAGUCUUUUUGAAGGUUUAUUGUGGUAUAUUUUUAAAUAUCAUUUUGACUUUAUUCAUCAAGAACAUUGUUACAUCACUAAAUUUAAUAAAACUCAAUGGGCGACUAUACAGUUUGUAGAUUACAAAUAUUUUAUUAAAAAUAAAAGCAAUGACAUUUAAAUGAAGUUGAAUCAAACAAAAGGUAUAUAGUCUCUGAAACUCUUGUUGUUUGCAUGAUUGUUCCUAUGUAAUUGGAAAAGCUAGGCUUUGGUUGCAUGUGUGUCUUUCUACAACUUUAUGAAAUACAAGAUUUUUUACUUUUCCAGAAGGUGCUGUUAAUUUAUUUAUAUUGUAGAGCAGUGUUUACUAUGAUCUGUGGAAUAAAUCUUGGCAUAAGCCUCUCUCUACAAAGCAGUGCUAAUGGAUGUUCAGUUUAAUAAAUCCAUUUUUACACUUUUUGCACUGUAUUGUAUAAAUUCUGCUGAAUGAUGUAGUUUAGAAGCUAUUUACAGAAUAUUUAUGUUUCAAUUCACCAAUUUUAUACCUCUCUGAAUUUGCCUACUAUAGUGACCAAUAACUUUCAACUUUGAGUUGAAAGUGGCCUUCGAUGAUUUAACCAUGUCUGAAAAUGAUCGUGCUAUUAAAGUGAAUGUCAUUCUUAAUUUCCAAUUGGGAAUUGACCCACUACACACUAGUUUGAGCUAUGCAUGCUAAUAAAUUGUCCCAUGGGACAUCUUGAAGCACUACUCUGCCUCCCUUGUCUGUGUGUGUCCUUUGGUUUCUUGUGUUUUUCUCUGAAUCGGUGUACUUCUCAGAGCAAAAAUCUAAUUACUUAGAAGCAGAUCAUUGCAACUACAUCACAUCAAUAAAUCUGGACAUUUUCAUGUAUGCAGCCUCUGUAGUAAGCCCUGUCUGGUGAUGGAUCGCAUGGAUAAGUUUGCUUGUGCCACCAUACUUUGAAAAAGAGUGAAGUGACAAUAUAAUAAUGCUUUGAAAUGAUUCAUAUUGAUUACAGCUACUGGAAACUAUGCACAGACUUAGUUUCAUAUGUAGUUAUUAAAGAACAUUAUGUAGACAAAGAAUAGCACAAGUAUUUUUCUGUGGAGAACAAUAGGUUUAAAUUUUGGUUUAAAACAAAGUUCUGAAUGGAAAACAGUUUUGCUAUUGGAUCCAUGUUUCAAAAAUGAUUUUCAGAAGACGACAUUAAAUCAUGUUUAAAAAUGUCAACAUGUGAGCGUUAAAAUUUACAAUUAUGGCAAAAGUGGAGAACACAUUAAAAUUUCUCAGUGACAUAAUGGGUUUGCACUGACCUGCAGUUUAAAUGUAGAAUUCCACUUUUCAAAAAAUGUGUCUUAAUUAAAAUUAUUCUAUAGCUUAAUACUCAGUGGUUGCCUGUAAGGAGAUGAAUCUCAAGGUUG